GCUCAAGAUUAGUGCAGCAGGUGUUGGAAAUGAAUAGAAGAAGUUGAAACUUCGAACAAGACUUCGUUCUUAAGACAUACAAUUUAUUAAUUUCAUGCAGCGGCACGAGCAUUCAGAACCAAAUUGUCGAGUCGCUUCUGCCGAAGUUGACCUUGACCUAUGACAAACACGCAAGAGAAGCUUUUACGAGAUGAAUUUUUACAUCCUGUAUUACCACUCGAAAGAAUGACGACAACUAUGCGUAUGUGUGUCCGAAGAACAUAAAUUAGUAAGAACAUAAGCUAGUACGUUUUUACCUUUCAUUUUUACGACAAUUAGUGAGAAGGAACAACAAGCGAAGUAGAAUGCGCGGAGCAGGUGGCGGGAACAGUGGCCCCUACAAUCGAGGGGGCCAACAGUACCCUCCUCUUAGACAAGGUGCACUGCCGCAGAACCAUCAGCCGGCAACGAGUUCGACUUAUCAGGGCACCAAUCUGAGUAAAGACGAAUUUUUCCGAAAGCAGGAUGAAAUUCCGGUCGAAGUGUCCCCGCCGCAGGCCGACCUGGAGUUGCUCUCGGAUUUUCAGAACCUGCCCCGAUCCUGGAACCUGAAUCCCAAGCUGGUGGGCAACAUUCCGCGCGAGUACCGGAAGCCCACCCCGGUCCAAAAAUACGCCAUACCACUCAUCCUGAAGCACAAGGAUGUCGUGGCGAGUGCGCAAACGGGCAGCGGCAAAACGUGCGCUUUCCUCUUUCCAAGCAUACACUUUGUGCUCAGCGGGCAGGCGGGCUACCGAGAUUCCAUGUUCAACAACAUGCCGGCGCCAAAGGUGCUCGUCAUGGCCCCUACACGUGAGCUUUGCCAGCAAAUCCACGAGGAGGCGCAGAAGUUUUGCCGCAACACCGGCAUAUGCCUUGCGGUAAGUUUGCGACUUUAUUGAUGUCGUCGUGUCUACUUGUUCAUUUCUUGCAGCAAGGUCAACAUACAUUAUGAUUAUACGAGGAUGCAGCGCCGGGACGACCACCCAUCUAUUAUAGUUUUUUCACUACUUCCCCUCUUCACUUACGUGGUUUGAGUCAGUAGAUACGGAUCGUGUUGUAGACUCCCAGACGUUUGUUUCCGUUCGAAGGUAAAAACGUAUACGAUAAACUUAUUUCCCAAAAUCACAGUGCGUUUACGGUGGUGUCGAGUACCGUGAGUCCACCGCAGCAGUGCGGAACGGGUCCGACAUCAUUAUCGGUACGCCGGGGCGGCUCGACGACAUGAUCGAGCGCAAGCACUUGACGAUGGCAAAGAUCAAUACUUUGAUUCUGGACGAGGCGGACCGCAUGCUGGACGUCGGGUUCGAGCCCCAGAUUCGCAAAAUCGUGCAGAAGUCGGGCAUGAACCGCAACCGGCAGACGGUGAUGACCAGCGCCACCUUCCCCGAGGGCGUGCAGUUUCUCGCGCAGGACUUUUUGAAAGACUACAUCUUCAUCGCCGUCGGCCAAGUCGGGGCGGCGGCAACGACGAUCAAGCAAAAAGUGGUCUGGGUGGACGACGACGACAAGGAUAGCUUCUUGUACUCAUUUGUCUUGCUGCAUCAUGUUCAACUUUGUUUUGGACCAAAGGUUACGAAAAAAACAAAAAGCGCUGCGUGGUCUGGUUGGCAUGAUUCGCUCGAACAGAUGAAAAUGAACGAGAAAGUGAAUUAAAUAUCAUUAUCAUUUUUGUAAAUUCAGACACAUGAUCACUAUCGCUUGAAAACAGGUACGGAAUCCUUCUCCACCUCAGGCAGAUAGGGUCGGCCCUCGUCUUCGUCAAUACCAAGGUGACAGCAACUGAUUUGGAAAGAUUUCUGGGAAAAAUGGGAAUCCGCACUGUAUCCAUUCACGGAGACAAGACCCAGCCACAGAGGGAGGCUUCGCUCGCAGACUUCAAAAACAAAAUAUCACGUAUUGAUGAAGGCAAUUUUUUUCUUUACUUCACCUAGUUCACUUCGAUUUCGUCCAUCACAUUCAUUUUUUCGGUUGCUUGUUUCUGGUGCGCGGCAACUCGCUGCAACUUCACAAUCAACACAACAGCCGUGAUGAUCGCGACCGAUGUGGCCGCCCGGGGGCUGGACAUUCCCGACGUGGCCCUCGUGGUGCAGUACGAUUGUGCGAUGAGCUCCGACGAUUUCGUGCACCGCAUCGGCCGAACCGGGCGCAUUGGGAACAAGGGCAUGGCAAUAACUUUCAUGAACAAUCGGAACAAGGGUAACGCACACGAAAUUCUGGAGAAAUUGGAGAAAAGCGGAAAUGCCGUACCGAACUGGCUGAAGGGCAUGGCCAUCUCCACUGGAAAUUUUGGCGGCAACGCUGCUUCCGGGCAAGGAAACGCCGGGGGCAACACCUACGGCGGCCAGGACUUUCGGUAAGUAGAAGUGCUGUACUCGUCCCUUAGGAAAUAAGUAUUUAGGGGCCCCCUCCGAGAUGUGAUGUUUCUGUUUGCGAUUUCCGAAUUGCAGACGAAUUUUUUGCGAAUGCCUUUGAAUCAAUCUGUCAAUGUAUCUGUGAAAUAAGAACUCAAUUUCAACAGAAAACACACCACCGGCGGGUUCCGCACCGCGCAGGAGCGUGAAGACGCGAAAAAGUUCGCGGCGUUCGUAUUGAGAGGAAAAAUCCCCCCUCCCCAUAUCGAAAAGGUAUGUUUCCGAAAAUUUGUCUUGCUGAUUUGAGACCACAAAUCACGUCUGUCCUGCAAGAAGAGAACUCCAAAGGCUCUGCCGCAUUAUGCAGGCGGUUUGUGAUGCUGUUGGGCCUACAGCAUAGACGUUCCUCAUGCUAAGCGCGUAGGCCAAAACUUCUCUACUCAGGCAUGGAAGAAGCCUGCAGUCCUCUACUGCAAGACAAACGCGAUUUGUAUACGCAAAUCCAGCAUCAGAAACUUCCGUUUGAUAUGGGGAGGGGGGAUUUUUCCUUACGAUAGUUCGACCAGAAUGCGUACGGGGAAGGCGAUGCCAACAAAGCGCAGUCUGCGGCACGCGAAAUCGCAAAAGCGGGUGUGAGUUUCGAGCACAUGGCCUCGGGGGGAAAGAACAAGGGCGGCGGAAAAGGUGGCAAGGGAAAAGGCGGCGGUGGAAAGGGCGGAGGCAGAUGGUAAGAUGAAAGUGUCAAAGGCUUAGUACGCGGGUCCACCUGCUGCACUAAACGCCCCGCAGGCUGCGUGAAAAUGCCUAAUCCUCUCGUGCCGCAAGAACCGCAAGUGCCCUGCAGCUUCCAAGCAGCGGGCGGCGGUGGUCGCGUUUUUGCAGUGGCAACGCAGGAUAAGAUCAAGGCGAACUGGUGAUAUUUUUAUCCCAGAGGGACGGCGGAACUCCCAUGUAUCGCCUUGGGCGCAGUGUACAUAUAUUCAGAAAAAAUUUACAAGCGACACGUACUGAAAAUGAAAUCCUUUACGACCAC